UGGGUCUGUCUGUGUGCUGCUCUUACAUAAAGAGCAGAGAACACGCGAGUGUACAGUCUGGCUGAGCCUGAAAGACAUUUAAUCAGUCUUUUCCAGAAGACUGUUUGGACAACACAGCUUCCUUCUGCUCUGUUAACAAGUCAGCGUGCCUCCAUCGUAUCUUUUUUUUGUUGUUGUUUUCUCUCUCUCUCUCUCUCUCUCUCUCUCUCUCUCUGCUGGUUUUGAUGUGUUGCUCGUUUUAGCUGUGACUUAUUUCCGGCAUCAAGUUCUUCCUUCAACCACAGCCUUGACUUCAACAGACGGCUCAAAGAGGAAGCUAGAAUAGAAAGAAGAGGCCACCUCGCCGGAAAAUUGAAGACUAGAAUUUAGUUCUGAUCCAGAUCUCAUUCUACUAUCACACUGGGGAAGGCAAAACGGACCCCUUUCAGAUUUUUCACUUCUCAAGUCCGCUGCAGGAUUCAGCGAGCAUCCAUCAUGCACUUGAAAACCAUGAAGUGCAACCGCUUCUGCCUUAUCGCAUCCCUAGAGGAUCUGGAUAUGUUUAACAGACCUGAGGCCAGGGCUCGUUUCGAAGAGCUCUUCCGUGCCUUUGAUGGUGAAGUUACUUUUCAGUUUUUCAAGAGCUUCAGACGAGUGAGAAUUAACUUCAGUAAUGCUCUGGCAGCUGCAGAGGCGAGAUCAAGACUCCACAAGAGCGACUUCAACGGCUCAGAGCUCCGACUUUAUUUUGCCCAGUCAGUACAUAUAGGAAGUGCACGACUGGAGCCUCCUAAGCCAGAGAAGCAGUUCCUCCUCUCUCCACCUCCUUCUCCUCCUGUGGGAUGGGAACAGGCUCAGGAUGCCACACCUGUCAUUAACUACGACCUUCUCUGUGCCAUCGCCAGACUUGGCCCAGGGGAGAAAUACGAGCUGCACUCUGGAACCCCCACUACCCCCAGCGUGGUGGUGCAUGUGUGCGAGAGUGAUCAGGACAGCUCCGGUGCCGAGGACAAUAUGGACAGCUUCAGACAGCCGCGACCCAAAAUCAUCCAGACCCGGCGUCCAGAGUACAGCUCCUCUGUCACCCAGUGAGCAUGAGGAGUAUGUCCUUGUGCUUUUAAGUUUGUUUUUCUGUCUCGGGAUUGUCAGGCAUGCACAUAGUCUGUCCCCAUAGAGGAAGCGUUGAGUCCAAGAUCAGGCUUGCAGAGAAAGGCACUACAUCUGCACUGUCUUUCAGGGGAAAGUGAGUUUAUUGCAUGCAUUUGUUGAUAAAGUGGCUCAUUUCAACACAUCUAAAGGCCAAGGGGGUUUCAUGAAUAGUUUCCAUUGAUGUCUAUGACUACAGAGAACAAAAACCCUCCUGUCGUGGCUUUAUUUAUCUCCUUUAAUUUGAGAAGCAUGUUUUAGGGCAGUGCAAGGUGCAUUUUUGUAAUGGAAUUUGUCGUCAUGGAUUUGGUUUUCUCAAUAGCCUCCUUUCUACACAUGAUGAUUUCUUUACUGUUGGCAUCAGUGGAAAUGUGAGGUAUUAUUACAAAGCCUUUGUAUGAAUGUUUGGUUGAUCUUAGACUUAACAUUUGUGGUAAUGGGUAUUUUCGACUUUAUAUGUUGGUUGUAAGGAAUGACAAAAGUAAAAAUACAGAUUUAAUUUCAGUUUCCUUUCUCAAAAAUCAUCAUGUUGAAUUAAUCACUUGUUUACUAUUAAUUUGACAAACCUUUUUGGUCAGUAGGAAUGAAAGGUUUAUUGGUACAUCCUGACAUCUCAUCUCGAUGAUAAUAUUUGUAUGGAAACACCUUGCCAUGACUGAAAUUUGCAUUAAUUUCCUUCGACCAUAACACUGUAAUACAGUCAGUUUUAAUGAGGGAUGACCUUUAUGCCCUUUACUAGAAUUUGCACAAGUUACAUUUGUUACAUGGUAAAAGUCGUUGUACUAAUGUCUGCUUUAUUCAGCCUAUUCGUGUUUGACUGUGUAUGUUUGUUUACCUCAUUGUAAUGUCUUAAUGUCUGGUUGCUCAGAAAUUUGAAAGAACCUGCUCGGUUUCCACAAAGUUGUUGACUCAGUAAUGGCUUGGAUGUAUGUAUUGUGAUUUGUACCUUAACAACCAAAAUAAUAAAUCAGGAUUUUGACUUGUA